AUGCACGCUCUACAGCAGCACAACUCACCUGCCGACUACUACGCUCACAAUCACCCUCCGCCGCCAUCACGGGCAUCUCUGCGCUCGGCUCAGAGCUGGUUCCCGCCUUCGGACCGCCCAUCAUCAGUUCCCGGCAGGGCCUAUCUCAACACCAACAGGAACAGUGUCGUCGACGACCGCGACCUCUACGAAGACGAGGACGGGCUGGACCACGAAGAGUACUUGGACAAUAACAACAGCAACGCCAAUUAUUAUUCUAAUUCUCUCCGUGACGACUUGCCCUCCUCGUCCGCUCUGGAUUCAUCACCACAAGCAAAGGAGAUCGCCCGUCUCCGCGGCGAGCUAAAGCUCCUCCGCGACAAACACUAUGCUCUCCAGUCCGCGCUCAGAGAAGCAACGACCCAAGUCCGUACAAAGGACAUCCUACUCGAACAGCUGCGCGAGAGAAACCGAACUCUCGACGCAGAGAACGCCGAACUACGACGAGUUGCAGAGGAACGCAAGCUGGAAGUCCGCUCGAUGGAGCGCUUCCUCACCAAGACAGACCGUUGGGCGGGAAGUGACCUCGUACAGGCCGUCAAGGAUAUCAACUCCGAGAUCCUACAGUUCGCCGCUGCUGCAAGCGAAGCGAUGCAACCACCAACAAACUCAACAACAACAGCAGUCGGCUCACGCAGGAACACACCCUCACCCUCGCCCGUUCCCGGUACGAGUAGACGUAAAGCCCUUGAACGCGUCGCAGCGCGCUUUGGGUCGAAGAUGCGCCAGUGUCUCGAGAAAAGAGACCAUUCGCAGGACCCGACGUUAUUACAGUAUGCAUUACAAGCGUGUAUAUGUCAGUGUAUCAGCCAUGCCAUGUCCGCAUUCUGCUUCGGUUCGACAGGCAAACUCGAAUCUCAUCUAUCCAAGAUAUACUCCCACAUGCAUGCCUCAGAACCCCAACCAACCUCAAGCCGCUGGCGCGCCCUCACCCACGCCCACAUCCGCUCCCUCUCCCCCAACAUCGACAACCUAGCAACAACAGAAGUAACCGACACCUGUCUCCGCGGCGUAGCCAACGUCCUCUCCGCCUCAGGCCUCGGCGAAAUCGACGACCUCCUCACCCGCUCAACCCAAAAAUACCGUACCCAACUCAAACGAAUCUCCGAACUCGCAAACAGAUUCGCGUAUAUCAUCCGUGAAGGCACCAUGAGCACGGACUUCCAACCUCUUUUCGUUGAGAGUGUGCGGGAGUUUAAUGGCGUGACGAUGGAGAAUGUGUAUGAGGGGUAUGGACCUAGUCGCGGGAGGGUUUUGUGUACGACUGAGAUUGGGUUACAGUGUUUGACGAAUAAGGGGAAGGAGGGGAGGGAGUUCUCGCCUCAGACGGUGGAGAGACGGGUCGUGCUGAAACCGAGAGUCGUACUGGAGUCGAUUGUCCAGGUUUUGGAUCGAUAACGCCCUCCUUGCUGGAAUCUGACAACUGACGGAACUAAACGUAUGUAUAUAAGUAAAUGUUGUGUGCACUUUUUUUCUUGUUUAUGGAUCGGAUAUACUGCUUUCUUGUCUUUCUCUUGUUUUGACUAUUGUGUAUGUAUUACUUCUCAGUACAAGUGUUGUAUGUACGGUAGAAGCGUUUUCCAUCAUCUCAAAU